AUUAUUGAUGAGCCGGAGCACUACAAACUUCCCCCGGGAAUCCUGCUCGACGGUCGCCACAAUAAGUAUGGAGUUAGCUGGGCUCAUCAGUACCACUGUCUAAGAAUGCUCCGGGACGAAUUUUGGGCCCAUGUCGAAAAUCGCAGCACGCUUAUCGGUCUCACAUUGGACGAUGACCACACCGUUCCUGACGUCGUCAAGCUAACACAUCUUGAUCACUGUCACGGAUAUCUUCUCCAAGCAAUUCUCUGCAAUAUGGAUAUGACCAUUGAGUACCCUACCGGCCUUGGCGUUAGUCAUGGUACUAUUGACGGAGCUGGAAUCGCCCAUACUUGUACUAAAAGGGUGAGCUUAUCCUCUACUGCUUGA